CGCAGCCAAUACAUUGUUUUCGGCGCCAGUACAAAACCCUGUAAAGACCUGCUGUGCCUGUGUUGCAUGUUGUGGCUGUCUUUGCUACGGCAAGCUGUACUAGACUGCCAUUUCCCUAAACUUUGAUCUUUCUAAGCUGUUCAGUUUUCUCAAGAGUUCCACAUGGAGCUGUUGGAGGAACAGAUCAACACAAUCAAGAGCCUUCUGUUGGUGCCAUAUGAGUGCGUACCUCCGGCCGUGUUCCUGUACGGCCACCCGAGCACGGGCAAGACGACGGCUCUCACCCACGUGCUGUCCCAGUUCGCCGGCCUCAGCGCCGUGGUCAGCUGCGUGGAGUGUUACACGCCCGCGCUGCUCUUCCAGCUCGUCCUGCGCCAGCUGGCCGGCGAGGAUCAAAGGUGUGACAGUGUGAGCAGUUUUGUAUCAACACUGCAGCGCAUUGCGGAUGAACACCCUGAAGAAAAUAUCGCCAUUGUGCUGAAGGACGCUGAGCGGCUGCGGGACCAGGACGCGUCGCUGCUGCCGACCCUGCUGCGGCUGCAGGAGCUGGCCGCCCGCCCCGUGUGCCUCGUGCUCGUCUCCAACAUCAUCUGGGACAAGUUCCUGACACCGGGCGGCCUGCCGCAGCCGCUGCUGGUGCAUUUCCCGCAGUACAGCCGCGGGGCGCUGCUGGAGAUCCUGGCGCUGGACCGGCCGGCUGAGGUGGAUGAACAUUUCUACCGUGGUUUCCUCAGCCUGCUACUGGCCGUGUUUCUGGCACCCUGUCGCAACCUGCGCGAGCUGCGCUACCUGGCCCGCGCCAACUUCGCCCGCUACAGAGAGCCGGUGCUGGCGGGGGAGGUGGACGCCGGCGACGCCCGCCGCCUCUGGCGCCACGUGGAGCCCCACCUCAAGGCCGCCCUGAAGACCGUCUACCUGCGCGAGGUCUCCAGUGCACAGUGGGAGCGGAUGCAGGGCCUGAUGCCGGGGGCGGAGACGGCCGGGGCCGACGACACGAGGCGACUUAACACCGAGCUGCCCUUCUACUCCAAGUUUCUGCUGAUCGCCGCCUACCUGGCGUCGUACAACCCGGCCAAGACGGACCGGCGCUUCUUCGUGCGGCGCACGGGCCGCGGCCCGGGCCGCGUGCGGCCGCGGCCGGCGGCCGGCGCGCGUGCCUCGGCCCUGCUCACCGGACCACGGACUUUCCCUCUUGACCGGCUGCUCGCCAUCUUCUACGCGAUCGUCGAGGACCGUGUGGCGCCCACGGCCAGCAUCUACUCGCAGGUGUCGUCCCUGGUAACGCUGCGAAUGCUGGCGCGGAUAGGGGGCAGCGACAAUCUAGACAUUGCCAAGUACAAGUGUCUGGUGGACUUCGACACCAUUAAGUCAAUUGCCAAGACGGUGCAUUUGGAGGUAGAGCGAUACCUGUACGACUUUGUAUGAGGGUGGUCAGUAAACCUUCUGGCGGACUUCACAAACACCAUCGUAUGGCAAUAAUUUGAAGCUUUUGAGCGAUUGGCGUGGAUUCUCGUAUGAGUCGAAUGAGUGAGCUUGCGACGGCAGUGAACGCGUUUAUAUUGCCCCAACGUCACAGCAAGGGGAGCUCAUUCUGAUGAGUCAAAAAGCUGCAGGACAACAUGCACAAUGGACGAGAGAUGGUCUUUCGACGCAUCUGAGCCUCUUGGGACCAAACUGAGAACGCUGAGGCGCCCCAGACGUUCUGUGAAGUACAAACUGUGUUUUGAAGUGGGAUCGGUGAAACAUGCCUCCAUGGACGGAAUACGCGGCGCUCACUGGUUCCGUUUUUCGGUGACUGCGAGUGGCUUUUCGGCAAAAAUAUACAA